GGAAUGCUGUCGAAGCAUAGCCAAAGAUUGACCAUGAAACUUACGUAGGGAAUUUAGGAUGAAAAUUUGAUGUUCGAAGGUGAGGAGAAAAUGGUUCUAAAGAGGAAAACUGUGACAUAACGAAGGAGGAAAGAUAGAAAGAAGGAAGACGAGAUAAAGAUGAUGACUAUAGCCAUGAUUGUACGAUGACUUGUGAGAGGUUUGCUGCAAAGAGUGACUCGAAUUGGAGCUCAACGGAGAAGAAAGAGGACAAAAAUGGAAGAAAAGAAAAAGCCAUGUGACAAAUUGUAAUAAAAAUGGAAACUUAGUUAACGGAGUUAACUUUUCAAUUAACGGACGAAGGCAAAUUUAUUUACCUUUUUGUAGUAAUAUGUAUUUUGAUUAACGGUAAAAAUCAUUGAAGACCCGUGGAGAAGACUGGUAGCAGAAGCGGAGCGAAAGAACUCAACAACAAAGAAAAAGAAAACUUGUAGUGCUAAUAAUAAUUUUUUUAAAUUUCUUACGCCUGAUCUGCUCUAAGCUCAACAGUCAACCGUUCCUCUUAGAACCCUAAUUCAGGGUCUUCAUGCUUGGCAAACUCUUGAUUCAGGAUUCCACUAAAGCAUCAUGAAUUACCUAGUAGGAGCUUUCAAGCCGCCAUGUAAUAUUUUCAUUUCAUUUGCAGAUGGAAGAAGCCGUAAGCAGGUUCCACUAAAGAAGGAAAAUGGGAAAACAGUUAUGGUUGCUCUCUUCCAAAGCCAAGAAAACAUUGUAGGAGAGGUAGUUAUAGAACCAAUACAGGGGAAGAAGGUUGAACAUAAUGGUGUUAAAAUUGAGCUCCUUGGUCAGAUAGAAUUGUAUUUUGAUAGAGGCAACUUCUAUGAUUUUACCUCUCUUGUACGUGAACUUGAUGUUCCUGGUGAAUUAUAUGAAAGAAAAUCAUAUCCAUUUGAAUUUUCUACGGUGGAGAUGCCAUAUGAGUCGUACAACGGAGUCAAUGUUAGGCUUAGGUAUAUACUGAAAGUGACAAUCAGUAGAAACUAUGUCAGCAACAUUGUGGAGUACCAAGAUUUUGUGGUUCGCAACUAUACUCCACCUCCGUCAAUCAAUAACAGUAUUAAGAUGGAAGUGGGGAUCGAGGAUUGUUUACACAUUGAAUUUGAAUACAGUAAAAGCAAGUAUCAUUUGAAGGAUGUCAUUAUCGGCAAAAUAUAUUUUCUUCUUGUUAGAAUUAAGCUCAAAAAUAUGGAGCUUGAGAUAAGGCGCCGAGAAUCAACUGGAUCAGGGCCUAAUACAUAUGUUGAGACAGAGACCCUUGCAAAAUUUGAGUUGAUGGAUGGUGCUCCUGUCAGAGGAGAAUCAAUUCCAAUCAGACUUUUCUUGAGUCCAUAUGAACUGACGCCAACAUAUCGUAACAUCAAUAACAAAUUCAGCGUGAAGUACUAUUUGAAUCUUGUUCUAGUGGACGAAGAAGAUCGACGAUACUUCAAACAGCAAGAAAUCACUGUGUACCGGCUUCUUGAAACUUGAUAAUUUUCUUUCAAAUCCAAUGAGUUCAGACACUUGAAUGUGGGAAAGAAGCGCAGAAUACUUCAUGACACAUAUAUUGGAACACUUUCUGGCUCUCUGGUAGAAGAUUGUAUGCUAAUAUUGGGCCUUGUUCCUCUGUAAUCUGCACAUUAAUGACUUGAUCUUUGGAGUUCUUUUAUUCAUCAAGCACCUGUGGAACGACAAGCCAUGACUAAUCCGUGUACUUUCAUCUUGUUAAGGAAGUCUUGGGCUGUUUUUGUGUGAACACAAGCGGUGGUUUUGCGACGGCAUCAUACAUGCAUCUCAGUCUCGUUUAUCCAUCAUGUAUUUUCCCUUCAAUGAAAGAAAAAAAAAUAAAUCUGGGUUCGAUCGUUGGCUCUAGGCUUGUUGAGUUGUUCAGAAAGUUGGCUUGCAUAGAGUUUGUUUUCCUUUGUCAGCGCUUUAAUCUUUAUUUAUGAUAAAUGAAAAUUGCUUGUACUCUGUUUUAUGUAA